AUGGAAGCAUCACCUCAUGACGGGUUUACCGCGCCAGAUCAUCUUCUGUGCAUAAAUGGGCUGGACAAACGACAGGAGAUAGCAAUCCAGCUCGAGAGCUAUAUCGAACUCGAUGUGUCAGGAUUUCGCCUUCGCGCAGAAGAUGUUUCAACCAUUUUGAUGGCACCUAUCGAGCAUUUUGAGUCUGGCCAGGUGUUCUCAGUGCACCGUUUCCAACACAACGGCGUUAGAUACUAUCCACCCCUGGCAUGUUAUAUGAAGUGGCAUCUCGAGGGUAUUGCACCCCUGUGCAGCAUUGACACGCCCAUUUUCAGAACUAAUCUCAAACUCGACGAUCAUGUUCGCGACAGAGAAGAAGAAGCUGAAUGCCUGGAACCCGACGGCAAAGCCUGUGUUGUGUUUGGCACAGAAAAUCCAAUGGUCAGCCACAUCAUUCCAUGUGCCUGGAACGACACCAAGGAGCAUAAGAACGUGACUGGAGACAUCAAGAUGCGCGCCCCUGGCUUAUUCAGACUUAAUAUCAACGGUGCCGCUAGUUACAUCUGCAACCCACACGAGCUGGGUGGCACUGAUAAAGUAUGGAACAUGAUGUGCCUACAUCCCGAGUUGUACAAGCUGUGGGCUAAAGGCUACUGCACAUUUAAGCACACCUGCACCGAGCGCUGCGAUGCGAACAAAUUAAAAGCCACCUUGCAGUUCCGAUGGAUGCAGCAAAUAAAGAAGCGUCUUGGUCAAGAGAUAGACGUCCAUGGCACCGGCUCAGGAAGUGACUGGCAACAGUGGAUCGAAGAACUCAACUGUUCCAUAAUCAAGGUAAUCCACCCCUGGCUCCCUGCAAAGAAGCACUUCGACAUCUCGCCGUACGACACAAAACACUUCGGAGAGGUUAUCGACAUUCAGUGGGCAUGUAUCCUGUUCACUGCGUUAGUUGGCGCGACAGGUGAUCCAGAAUUGCUUUCGAUGAACCCAGGUGAUAAGGUUAUGCAGUGGAUUCAGAGCCUGGCAAGGUGGGCGGACGAACAUGAGCAUGGCUCUGACUGA